AUGCCUGCCAAGGCGCGCCGACGCAAACGAAGACUGGUGCUCGUCGGCGCGCGGGCCUGCAACGGGAGCAUCGGCGGAGCGAUCGAGGCGAUCGAGCGCGAGCGCUCCUGCACCUCGCCUUCGUACCAAGAGCGAGUGCGUGCGAAGCGGUGCGGACGUCUGCAGAAGGGUGUGUUCGUGGAAGUUAUAUCGGGAGCCGAGGAGCCCAGGUACUCUGAAGAACAACAAAACGACGACUCCCGUCGCCGUCUGCGUGCACCCGUUCAUCCGCCCCUCCGGGAGAGCGCGCACGUGCACCUGGAGUGGGCUUUCCUUGAAGUCCCUAGCGGGAGCAGGUUCAUACACCAGGGCGUGCCCUGGAGGAGUCGACUUGUACCGAUGCGGGAAGACGAGACGAGGGGAUGCCAGCGCAGAUACUGGAACAGCCCAGAGUCAUGCAUAUCUGCGCACCCUCGUCGACCGCGCCGGUUCGUCCGCAAUGAUAUACAGCUUCCGUAUCCGAGCGGGAAUGGCGGUGGUGAUGUCUUGGGAUUGAGGAGGGUCAUGUCGCGCAUGUAG